UGUGCUCCAGUUGUGACAGAGAGAAGAAGCCGAGGCAGCAGAGUGGGGACCAUGAGAACCUGAUGAACGUGAUUUGCCAUUUAGGCCAAAGCAGCCCCUGCCGUCAGCCUCACCUCUCUGCCCCCUGAUCCCAGCUCGUCUACAUCCCGGCUCCCUCCUGAGCCCCAGAGGAGCCACCACUAAAUCCUAGCCUAAAACGAUCCCGAGGCACGGGGCGUCCGGGAGUCUGCACCUGGCGCUUGAGAGAGGGAGGGAGGCUCACUCCCGACUCCUCUGCGGGCCCUCUGUCCUGGAAGCCGAGAGCAGACGUGGUGGCCAAGACUGAUUAUGCUACUUCAGCAGGGUUGGGUUGUGAUGCUGUCAUGAGCCUGCCUGGGGCCUUCCCCCUUCACCCCUGACUCCUGUUCAGGUGGGACCCUUCUGUGCUAUGAGCGUCUGUGCCAUACGUUCCUGGCACCCUAAUGCGAUGACCCACCUCCUGGCACUCUUCAGUCAGGAGCAGCAUUACGCCAACACAGCAGACUCGCAGGAAGGGUUCAUGACACAGCGUGAACUAUUUACUAUUAUUAUUUGGUUCCCAGUAAGAAGUCAGAGAAUUUAUGAAGCCAACUGGCCAAGCUUCUGGAGCUGUUUAUAUCAGAACUUUCCAUGUGGACUCCUAGAACAUGGUCCAGGUGUGGCGUCCGGGGUCAUGCACGCUGUGUGUCCUGUGAGAAGGAUGUGGGAACAGGUCGCAUUAGCAGGGAUUCAGGCCGCCACAAGGAGCCAGCUGGGCAUUUAAAGAAACACGUGGACUACCAACUUCCUUCGUGACUGCAUGUAGCUAUAGCUCAGCCUGGCAUCUUAUUCCAUGUCCUAUCUCCACAUUCGAGCCCAGUAGAAAAACCUUCGAGGCUGUUCUUCCCUCCAGGCGUCCUGAAUUUGUGACACCUUCCGACAAGGAGAUGUUCAGCCAUUCGGUAACUAGCCUGGCCACAGACGUACCUGCCAGCAGCGAGCACAAUGGGAUCCUCACCAAUGGCGACAUUCUUUCAGAAGACAGCACUCUGACCUGCAUGCAACAUUAUGAGGAGGUCCAGACCUCAGCUUCGGAUCUGCUGGACUCCCAGGACAGCACGGGGAAGCCAAAAUGUCAUCAGAGCCGGGAACUGCCCAGAAUUCCCCCUGACAGCACAGUGGACACGAUCCUCAAUGCGAGGAGCGUGGACGGGGUCCAGGGCCUGGGGACGGAAGGGCCGUAUGAAGUGCUCAAGGAUAGUUCCUCCCAAGAAAAUAUGGUGGAAGACUGCUUGUAUGAAACUGUGAAAGAAAUCAGGGAGGUGGCAGCAGCCAUGAACCCAGGGAAGGGCCACAGCAGCAGGUCAAAGUCAACUUCUGCUCUGAAAGAGCUUCCCGGGCCCCAAGCCCCCCAAGUGGACUUUGCUGAAUAUGCAUCAGUGGACAGAAACAAAAAGUGUCGACAGAGCGUUAAUGCAGAGACUGUUCUUGGAAAUUCUUGCGAUCUGGAAGAGGAAGCCCCACCACCUGUCCCCGUUAAACUUCUGGAUGAAAAUGAAAACCUUCAGGAGAAGGAAGAGAGCCAGAGAGCAGAGGAAGGAGCCACAGAGGGGACCAGCGAAACCAACAAGAGAUUUAGUUCAUUGUCGUACAAGUCCCGGGAGGAAGACCCAACUCUCACAGAGGAAGAGAUCUCAGCCAUGUAUUCAUCAGUAAAUAAACCUGGACAGUCAGGGAGUAAAUCAGGACAGUCUCUCAAAGCACCAGAGUCCAGCAACACCUCCAUCCAAAGAGCCACUCAGAGAUCCCCCUCUUCCUGUAAUGAUCUCUACGCUACUGUUAAAGACUUGGAGAAAACUCCAAACAGCGUCAGCACACUUCCACCAGCAGUAAGACCCAGUGAGGAGCCCGAGCCUGAUUACGAAGCAAUACAAACUCUAAACAGAGAGGAAGACAAGGCCACCCCAGAGACCCACGGCCAACGUGGCCUUUUCCCAAAGGAGAAUGACUAUGAGAGCAUUGGGGACUUGCAGCAAUGCAGAGAUAUCACCAGGCUCUAGCAACCCAGAAGACAAGCCCACACAGCAUAUGAGCAGCCGGCUGGGGCGGGGGGGGGGGGGGGGGGGGGGGGGGGGGGGGGGGGCAUUUCUUCUGUGGAAGACAAGAAGCAACAUCAACGCCUACUUUAUAUGCUGCUCUAGUAAUCCGACCACAAUUGAAGAUGUAGAGACUGUUUCCCGGGGUUGGAAACGGUGAGGUACGUACCUGACUGCACCCGACUGUGCCCCUGCUUGCCAGGGGGCACUGGCAACACCCAAGCACAUCUCCCUUGUGCACUCUCACCCUCUGGAAAGAUCCCAGCUGUCCAUGGUUUCACCCUGUGAGUGAGGAAAGCCAAGCUGCAAGGAAGAACUGCAUUCAUCAAGAACCACGACUCCACCUGCCUGACAUACUGCCAUUCACAAGAGCCAGGUUUUUCUGCCUUUCUUCCUUUUUUCUUUCUCUAUCUGCUCCUCACAUUUAAAUGUAUGGCCUUCUUCCCCCUUGAAAUCUUCCAGCUUCUAAUGGUUCAUUCCAAGAAAAUUCCCCCCCAAGGCUUGGCCUUUGCCUUCAACUUCGGUGUUUUAAGAUGGUAAGAAACUGUGGUUGCUGGUUACUGGCAGCUCCCCAGUCCUCUUCCAAGAGCUGCACCUGGGAAAAAAAGGACCCUGCAGGUGUGCCGGCCUGGGACUGCCCCCCCCCCACCCCCCGCAAGCUUCUUAGACCUUCCUUCCUCCUGAUUUGGGCACUCCACAUCAGCAGCCUCUCCCAAAGUACUUGAAGUCAUUUUUAGAUGCUUCAUUUUAUUUUUCUAGUCAAAGCGGUUCCCUCCCCACACCCCUCCCCCCCAGUAUGUGAAACUCUUCAGAGCCUUUUCAGUAUUUUCAAUGAAUAUUGUGGUACUUCUAUACUUGUUUUAGCCUAGAGUUCAUUCCUCUGAAACAGCCUUAAUCUUUGUGUUGGGACACAGACCACAUAUUUGGACGGCAGCCAUGGCGUCCGUCUCUGAAGGGCUGUGGACUUGAAUGUGUAUUUCUGAUGACCCCUGCUGCCACACCAACAGUGUGAGAUUUCCUAAGUGAACUGCUACGCUAAGGAGGAAAUGUAAAUAGGUGUCCUUCUCAGAGAUCAUGUCAAGAAGAGAUCUGGCAGAAAGCACCAAGAGCCACGUGAGCCAGGAUGGAGCCCCAGCAAGGUGACCCCCCACCGGGUGGCAGAAGCAGAGGUCUGUUAUCACUCAGUUGCACUGUCUUUCCUUCUCUUUGGAAGCCACGAGAGAGUUUAGCGCAGAGCCAGCAAGCGGUGAGGUAGUGUGACGGACGGAACACGGCUUGGAGGUGGGGACGUGGAUAAUCACAGCACUGCAGCGCAGGACUCAAGUAGCAUUUUGUAAAUGAGUAAAUGACAUUUUUUUCAGUGCUCCUUGUACUAGUUAAUAUGAGUCCGUGUGAUCUAGUGAUGCCAUUCUUCUGAAAGUGUUGGCUUCUGGUCCCCAGCCAGCUUUGUCUGGGCUGCUGGAGGCACAGUAGGUACUGAUGGUUCUUUCCUGGAAACCCUGACAGGCUUAUUGUACUGUGUAAUUGGGGGAAGUUAAAGUGUAAUGUUUGGUGUUAAUAAGUGACUGAUGUGAAAAAUAGAAACAUGUGUCUAUAAUGUCAAAUACGACUUUUUUUUUUUUUGGCAGUGAAAUCUAUAUUCCUGGUCCUGUGGUAGUCUUUUCUUGCUCUGUGUUGUACCUUUUCUUAAGCACAUUAUUCUUGACAGUGGCAUUGGACAAGUUGAACACACAUAGAAAGUGUUUGACUUAAAGAGACCAGUCCAAAAACCAUGCUAAAUCAGUCUUCAUCUGAAAUUAUGAAAGUAAAUUUAAAAAGCCGUGGUCCAGAAGAGAACAAAUAUUCUUAAGUGUUUUUUUCCCUACUGUUCAUUUUCAACUCUGUUUACAUCCAGUCUCUGAUAUUUAUAAAGGAUUCAUUGUUUUUCCAGGUUCUUCCUUAUUGAACUAAGAAACAGUAGUUCAGAUUUCUCUUAAUGCCAGAUGAAAUGAGAAAUGUUACAAUUUUUAUUAAAAAGGCAAAGUUUUAAGCAUUCAGUUGUAAUCAUUUAUCUUAAUGCAUUUAAAUUAGAUUUUUCUUUGCUCACCACUUAUAUGCUAUGGGUAUUUUUAAAAAAUGUAAUGUACUCUGGUUGUCUCAGAUCACCUUAUGUAAUGGAUUAUAAAGGCUGGUAAAUGGUCAUUCCUCAGACUUGUGUGUUAGAUUGGCAACAGUUUUAAUGUUACCUUUUAAAUAUCAUGUAUUAUUAAUGCACCUCAUGUUUUCAGGGAAAGUUUGAAAUAUAGCUAAACAAAUAGGAAUUUGCAUUUCAUUGUUCAUGCAUUUUUUUCCUCAUAAAAAUGGUUUCUCAAAAAAGUGACCUGUUAUCUCUUAGGUGGUCCUGAUCAACUUCAAAGUGCUCCUCUUGCUCAAAAAUAAAUAAUCCAUGACAGUAGCAUUUGGACUCAUUGUCUCCAGAGGUCUUUGUCAUGGUCAAACUGUCCAACUCACAAGAGUGGGAAAAUUGUUUCCAGUACUCGGAAUUUUUAAACCUUCGUUUUAAGUCUGAAAAUCUCUCUUAUUGGUUUCAACAUCUUGGAAUGUUUUCCCCUGCCUUACUCUGGUCCUUUUAAGGAGCAAGUCUGCAGCACGGGGAUAUGAAGCUACUCUUUCUCCCCAUCUCACUUUGGUUCCUGCUGCAACUUCGCACAGCACCCCCUGCUCCUUUUCCCCACCCCAACCACGCUCUGCUAUUCGAGGCACAUUCCCACACAUCUUUUCCCAUGUGGACACAACCCUCAGAUCACAGAUCCUGCCUGCGAUCACAGAACCAUUCCCCGCCACCACCCAGUGAGCAAACAGCUCUGCCCAGCUCACAUUUUCCUGUGUCACAGGCUGCUGAGACAAGGCCACACAGGCCCACCUAGGGAAGCAGAUGCUGGGUAUUAUUUGGCACGGGCUUUGCUAAACCAUGUUCAUUCUUACCCACCUCCUUCAUGAGAAUGGUUGGCACUAGGGGGCUGUGGAAGACAACUUUAAAACGUUCUGUUGCAAGGACUCAAACAGAGUUGCCAGAAUGUCUGGUUUGGCUUUGUUUGUUAACUCAACAAGUUGGAAACUAUCAGUUUAAAACAAACUUUCUUUUUCCCUUCUUAAACUGAAGGAGAAAAAAAAAUUAAUCGUAGAUCCCAUUUAGGUAGUAAAGGCUUCGCUGAAAGACAGCCCUGUCCUUCUCUAGGUGAAGAGGCUAAAGCCAAAAGCCAAGUCUGUCUCUGAAUAUUCCUUCGACACAUUUUUAUGUAUUUUUAAUGUAAAGCCCAUAAAUGAAUCUGAGAUGAUGUUCAUGACCUAUCCUGUAAGCCUGCUUGCCUUUUUUUGGGGGGGGGGUACUUAUUUUUUGAAUACAGGCUUUUCUUGUUUUUCCUGGAGCCAUGCUAGAAACAAUUCCGAUGGGCUACUCCAUGACUGCCUCCUGGAGUCCCAGCAAUGCGGCAGCACUGUUAGCCGGACUUGCCUCUUAGGGAGAAGCAUGUGAAAAAUGCCAGACAAGCUGACUUUUAUGUACAAGUCAACAAGCAUUUGAGAAGUCCUUUAAUGCCUCAGAUUUUGACAUUUAAAAAAUUUUUCAGAGUACCAACUACAUAUUUGAUGGGGGGGUGGGAGAGUUGGUGAGCAGGACAGGGAUUAGACCUAAAAUUUGAACUAAGUGGCACGGGCAAGACUUCCCACCCCACUCGGUUUGUGUGCGUCUCUGGGAAAUGUAUGAUCCCAGCUCCCUGUCAACCACUCCUGAGUUGCUUAAGGAGCAAAUAGUAAGUGUGUAGAAAUGAAAAAGACCUCAAAGAUUUAAAUUAUUUUUAGGUAUUUUCUUUGUAAACUCAGGAAUAACCCUGGUUUAUGAAAAGCAUAAUAUGGCCACUACAGCUGUAAUUUAUAGGUGACUAGAUACAUCCUUUCGAACAUGUUUCAUUUAAAGACCUACCUUUGUUGUAACUGGGAAAAGAAACUUCUCAUAAAAAAAAAAAAAAGCCAACAAAAAGACUUCACUAAAAGAGUGUGGCAUCAACCUAUCAUCCGACCCAGAGUGCUUGUUUCUUGCCUAUAGUAUAGUUUUUCAACAAUUUUUAUGAGAGAAAAAAAUGCACAUUUUUUUUCUUGGAAAAGUGAAUUGAGGUAUUGAAUUAAAUUCUCAGAGAGGACAACUUAAAGAGAAGCAUUGGAUUUAGAGAUGAGCUCACAGCUCUGUGCUCCCUGUUCCAGCACUGACUUUACUGUGUGACCUUGAACAAAUGAUUUAACUACUCUGUGCCUCAGUUUCUCCAUGUACAAAAUGGGGAUCAUGAUACCAACCACUGCCUACCUCAUAUGGAUGUUAUGGGGACAAAUAAGAUAAUAUAAAUACAAAUGCUUUAUCUCUGGAAGAAAGGUGCUAUAUAAAUUAAAGUUGUGUUGUUUUUAAUGAUCCAGUUAUUGUGUUUUGGGUUUAAAUAAUAGCAAUACUGUUAGUCAUGUUAAGAAUAAGUUUCAAUUUAACACAUAAUUACAAUUCUCUUCUGUGGCCAAAUCUUGAUCAUUCAUCCAGUAUUGGUACGUAAGGAACUGAAAUGGGUAUUUGUUUUCUGUGUAUUUCUGCCCAUAGUACUUCUAUUCUGAAUGUUCCCAAGAGGCUGGAGUUUAACUUGUAAUAUCUUAUAGUUUACAUGUAAUGAACCUUAUUCAAGCUGUGUAUAAAAGUAUAAUUACAUGUAAAUAGCAGGUACAUUGUAAUUAAAGGCACUUAUCAAAUUGUCUUUGUUCUUUUUAAAUUGCAAUAAAAGUCAGUUUUAUAUAAAA